AUGCACAUCAAUGACCUCGAGUCUCGUCUUGAGUACUUGGUCGCUGAGAACAGAGCACUUCAGGAAGCACGAUCGAACAAUGAUGUGACCAUGGGAGAGGGUGGAGGUCUGCAAGACGAACUCCAUGCCCGCGACCUCCAAUUGCAAGAAAAGGAUGCGGAGAUCAAUCAGAUCAAGGCGAUGCUUCAGCCGCUGCAAGAUGAAAUUGCCAGGUUGACUGAGAUGAACAAUGGUCUCACAGAAGCUAACAGGAAUCUGGUGGACGAUACGAACGGUCGUUAUGCGACUCUCCAGGCCGAGCAUGCCGAAGCACACGAACAAUGGCAAUCGACCAGCCGGGAUCUGCAGGCCAUGCAACAGGAGCAUGGUAGAAUCACCUCCGGCAUGAAAGACAUUCUGGAAGCGGAAAUUGCAUCUGCCCUCGCCGACAAGAAUUCGGAAAUCCUUCGCCUCCGCGAGCAGCUCGACAUUGCCACGGAACAGAUCCGCGCAUUGCAGGUGCAGAUUCAGUCCUCCAACUCCAGCGACUUCUUAGUGCAGAGGGAUGAGGACUACUUUGACGGGUCCUGUCAGAAGCUGUGUCAGCACGUCCAGCAGUGGGUUCUUCGCUUCUCCAAGCUAUCCGACAAUCGCGUCUGCCGCCUGUCUACCGACCUCAACGACGAUAAGAUCGAAGCUCGAUUAGACAAUGCAGUGCUCGAUGGCUCCGACGUUGACAAGCUUCUCGGUGACCGCAUACGCCGCCGUGACGUGUUCAUGUCCGUCGUCAUGACCAUGGUCUGGGAAUACAUCUUCACCCGCUACCUCUUCGGUAUGGAUCGCGAGCAGCGACAAAAGCUCAAGACCCUCGAGAAACUGCUCUCAGACGUCGGUCCACCGCGAGCAGUCGCUCACUGGCGCGCUACAACGCUGACUUUGCUAUCGAAACGUCCCAACUUUGCCGAACAAUGCAGAAUGGACACCGAAGCGGUGACGCAUGAGAUUUUCGGUGUACUGUGCGCAUUACUGCCACCUCCCUCAACUUCCGAACAGCAACUCCUCACCUCGCUGCAACGCGUUAUUGGUAUUGCCGUUGACCUCGCAAUCGAGAUGCGUACCCAGCGCGCGGAGUAUAUCAUGCUCCCACCCCUACAACCCGAAUACGACACCAACGGCGACCUCGUGCGGAAAGUGCACUUCAACGCUUCGUUGAUGAACGAGCGAUCGGGAUUCUUCAGCUCGAACGAAGACCUCGCGGCGGAGAAUGCAGUGGUUAAGAUCGUGCUGUUCCCAUUGGUGGUCAAGAAGGGCGAUGACAUUGGCGAGGGAGACGAGGAAAUCGUGGUCUGUCCGGCGCAGGUAUUGGUGCAGAACGAUGGUGGAAAGGGGAGGAAAGUGGUGAGGGUUCAGAGUGGAGCGAUACAGAUGGAUGUGGAUGAGGGAAGGAGAAGUGGGAUGAGUCGGAGGAGUAUGUUGAGUGAAGGCAUGGGGAGCGAGGCGAUGGUAUGA